UAUAUAUUUCUUUUUUCUUUUAAAUUCCUCGUGACGUGCAAUAUCGUGCAUCGGAUCUGGAAUUUACAGCUACAUCCUAGGAAGUUGCUCGCGACCCUCCGAUGUUACUUGACAGAGAGUACUCGCGACGUCCGGCUCGGCGAGCGUAAUCUAGUGCAACACUAUCCCAAGUUACCGGAUCUGUUAAAUUCCAAUUCCGAGUCCAGUAUGAUGGUGUGGACCUCGCCGAGGACCGUACUCUCGUCACCUGCUGUGCCACGUGUCGGAGAGCAUCGGCAUCAGUUUGUUAGAAAAACGAUACCGCUGGCGCGGCACUCGUCGUCCUAUGUAGCGACGCAGAUCGAGCUUCCGGUGGUGGAUAUAACAUGCAAUUACAAUUCCUAUCGCUACUCGACCUUGGAGGAGAACUUGAGGGAGCGAUACGGCGCGAAUUAUCCUCCGGGCGAAGUGGUCUUGAAUUAUAUCCAAUUAAACACGCCGGAUUCGCGGACGAGGCUCGGGAACGACGUCGGGAACGAUCUGCUGGAUCUUUUCGAGAGCAGCGACGCCGGCACAUAUUCAGCGGUGUCCACGAAACUUGAGACGGAAUAUCUGAAUCUCCUGGAUCAUUUCGUAUUGAAGCGACCGGGGAAAACACUGACCGCGGGCAAGUUUACCGAGACGCUUCCGUUCGCGGAUGAAAGAAAUGUUGAAGUGUCGUCUGUGUACGCUGGUACAUGUAGUCAGUCUACCCUGAGAAGUUCGGUCGCUCAUGAGAAGGAAUCCAGAUCGUCUAGCAAUCAACGUUCUUUAAAAGGUAAGAAAUACGCGCGAUUUUUUGCGCGGACGAGUUUUCUUUCGCGAUCAGACCAGCGUCUGAUUUUUGCAAAUUUUAAUUCUUGACCGUUUAUGAAUCUAUCAUUCGCGUAAAGAAUAUAUCUUAAGCUAGCGCCAGACUAUGCGCGUAUUCGCAAUUCGUGAUUCGUGAACGGUAUAAAGAAAUCUGAUCGCUCGAUGUUGACGAAUCUUUCAUUUAUAUUAUUCACGAAUUGAAAACGAAUCGCUCUGCUUUUAAAACUUUAAUGCCAUUAUCUAAUCGAUAGACUGAGCUUCAUAACUUGAUCAAUUCUGGAUUUUGCAUGUAACCCAAUUCAAGAUAACGCAGGCCUGCAAGAUUGAAAAUCAAAAACUUUUUUGACAAUGUAUACUGCUUUUAUAGGAAUUUGAGAUUCUAAAUCCAAAAAUAAUCUCAGAUUUGCUCCAUUGCGUACAGUUAUUUUACAACUUGCUUUAAUGUUUCUAUGUUAUAAUAUGUGACUGAUUGAAAUUAGUAGUAAAAAAUUUAUUUCGUGGCCAGUUAUGAAUAUAUUUAUCUACAAAAACUAUAAUACAAAACUUGAUAACUUACAUCUUAAUUUUAUUCGUCAAGAGACUUAAAAAACAAUUUAAAAAAAGUUCAAAAUCACUGAAAAAAAUCGCACUGGAUGAUCAGCGUCCGCAUGUAAUUAAAGUUGAAUGAUAAAUGAACUUACAACUAACUGAUUGGCUUGGCAACCCAAUACUUAGAGUUUCUCAGAAGUUUUGAGUAAUUUCUGGAAAUCUGGCAUUUUCUCGAUCUCGAUUUCCAAAAAAAAAAAAA